AAUGGAAAGAAUGCAAAAAAGAAUAUGUAUAUAUAUGUAAAACUGAAUCAACUGAAACUAACACAGCAUUGUAAAUCAACUAUGGUGGUUUAGUUGCCAAGUCUUGUCCGACUCUUGCAAUCCCAUGGACUAUAGCCCGCCAGGUUUCUCUGUCCAUGGGAUUUUCCAGGCAAGAAUACUGGAGUGGGUUGCCAUUUCCUUCGCCAAUGGAUCUUCCCAACCCAGGGAUCGAACCCAGGUCUCCUGCACUGCAGGCAGAUUCUUUACCGACUGAGCUACCAGGGAAGCCCCCCCAAAAAACAAUAAUAACAAAAAGCCCAGUCCCAUGGGCGAGAGGCUCAAGCCUGGUGAAGAGGCAGCGCAGAGUGGGGACAUGUAUGUGCCUGUCUUGGUGGUGGUCCCGCUUCUUCUUGCAGCACAUCUGUUUCAUCCCCCUCCUGCUACUAACUUACCUCCUUGACCACGUCUGAUCCAACACAGCUGGCCUGCUCUCGGUGCAUCCCGGCUGCUACGGUCUGAUAUCUGUGUCCCCUCAAAUGCCUACGCUGAAAUCCCAAUGCCCAGUGUGAUGCUAUGAGGAGGUGGUGGGGCCCUUGGGGGGGCGCUUAGUUGAUGAGCGUGGGGUCGGUGCUCUUGUAAAAGAGACCCCACAGAGCUCCCCAGCCCCCUCUGCCACGUGAGGACACAAUGAGAAGACAACGAGAAGUUCUCAGCAGAACCUGACUGUGCUGGCUCUUUGAUCUUGGACUUCCAGACUCCACAACUCUUAGAGAUACAUUUCCGUCGUUUCUAAGCUCCCAGUCUGUAGUAUUCUGUUCCAGCAGCCUGCACAGACUAGGCCACAGGCCUGGACUACUCCUUUCAGCAGUAGCUCCUCUCUGCUGCAACUGGACUGUCUCAAGGGUCUCCAUUUUUUAGUCCAAAGUGAAACUUGGCUGCAAUGGCUCAUCCAGUCACAGGUGGGCUGGAUAGGAUGAAAUGGUGGUGGCUGAGGUUCAAUGAUAUGAAAUAAGAUGAUGGCACCUCCCUGCCUGUAGCUGGACCCUCAGGUGGCAGGCCCCCAUGAGGGGUGCUGUUUGGGGAUGUAAUGAUGGACACAUUGUUCAGCAUGUGCCCACUUCCCUGUCCUCGCAUCAAUGAAGGGCUUCACACACACUCACACACAGACCAGCUGGCUCAGGCAAUGUUAUGCUGUGGUAACAAAAUGGUUCCUGAAAUCUCAACAGCUGACAGCAAAGAUUUUGUGCAUGUGGGCAGUCAAAGCUAACUGGCUUCACCUCUGUCACACAUUUCCUUAAUCCAGGACCCAAUCUGAAGGACAGCCUUGAACUGAGACAUGCUGCUCCCCUAGCAGGAGGGGGAGAAAGAUGGUGGAACCACAUGAUGGCUCUUAGACUUAUGUUUGGAUGUAGCAUCUAUUACAUCUGUUCACAGUCCACUGGCCAAAAGAAUUCCGUGGCCAAGCCUGAGGUUCAUGUGGAGGGAACAUAUUCCUCCUGUGGGAAGAGAUGGUACUUUGAACCAAAUAAACAUUCUCAUCCCAGCCACUAGUAACAUUAGUUCCAUUUUGCAGGUGAGAAGACUAAGGCUUAAAGAGGUCACUUAAUCAAGGUCAUAGAUUUGAAUGCAGCCCUGUCUGGCUUCAAAGUUCCGUCCUUUCUACCAUGCAGUCUCUAGGGGGCAGAAGGGGAUGGGGAGGGUUAUUUCUUUUUAUACUGUGUGGGCAGUUGGGAUUGUAAUUUAUUUGGGGCAUAACCAUGUCUCAUCAGCCCCAGAAGGUUCUCCAUGAAAAUUUCUAAAACUGAACCACCUCUGAAAGCUUCCUGGAAGGAUAGGGAGCUAGAAAAGAGUCACACUUGGAGAACUGGCCCCAUGGGAGCUGACUCUAUUCCAUUUAGUAAUUUUUUAACUGUUGAAUUAUUUACCUGUGUUAUGAGUUUGUAGAUAAGGGACCACCUAUCAAUCUUUUUGUUUUCGUGUGUGUGUGUGUGUGUGUGUGUGUGUGUGUGUUGGGGGUGGGUAAGAUCCUCAAAGCUCUUUUCUAGGUAAUUUUUAGAAACUUCCAGAUUGCAUUGGAUAUUUAUAUGCACAAAAAUGAUGAGUGCAGUGGAGAGUGUAACCCAUCUAAUUUUGCAGAAGAGCACCAACUCAACUUUAGAUUUAGAACCCCAGCUGCAGCAAUGUGUGCCUUCACUGGGGGCGGGGGAAGAAGUGGCAGUCAAUACACAGAAUACUUUGCUCUGUAGGUAUCUGUGAUCUCUCCUGCUUUCAGCGCCGUCUUACGCAUUUCGGAGCCUCUGGUUCCCAAGUGCGUCCGCUGUCUUGAUAACACCAGGUAUGUUUACGCGUGUCCAUCAGUGUGGGGGUUAGGGUGAGGUCAGAGCUGCGUCCAGGACGCUCAGUUGAAGGAGGCGCUUGCAGGAAUCCGAGUACUCUUGCCCCACUCAAGUCCCGGCCCUGGUGUCCACUGUGCAUUCGUCACAAACUCCAAUGGGUGAAAACGCCCCGGGCGAGUUUACCUGCCCUUUUCUCCCCUCCCCUCCCAGACGCGCAGGAGAGCCCGGAGGACCUCCCAGCCCUGCUCCUCGGCUCGGCCAGCGAGGUCGAUGUCCAGGUGGCCGUGUACGUGUGUCCGGCCCAGGCUCGGUGCGGAAGACUGCGAGGAGUCGCCUGUGACCGGUACUUUGUGCUGGAUUUCGAGGCUGGCAUCCUGCAGUAUUUUGUGAACGAGCAGAGCAAGCACCAGAAGCCUCGAGGGGCCCUGUCUCUUUCUGGCGCCAUCGUGUCCCUGAGCGACGAAGCGCCCCACAUGCUGGUCGUGUACGCUGCCAACGGGGAGAUGUACAAACUGAGAGCUGCUGAUGCAAAAGAGAAACAGUUCUGGGUGACUCAGCUUCGAGCUUGUGCCAAAUACCACAUGGAGACGAACUCGAAGACGACUCCAAGCUCCCGAAGCCGAAGUCUCACUUUGCUCCCCCAUGGAACAUCCAAUUCUGCGUCUCCCUGUAGCCAGAGACACCUCAGCGCGGGGGCCCCUGGCGUCGUCACAAUCACGCAUCACAAGUCGCCUGCCGCCGCCCGAAGAGCCAAGAGUCAGUAUUCCGGCCAGCUUCACGAAGUCAGAGAGAUGAUGACCCAGGUGGAGGGACAGCAGAAGAACCUGGUGCACGCCAUCGAGUCUCUCCCGGGGUCUGGUCCCCUCACUGCCUUGGACCAGGACUUACUGCUCCUGAAAGCUACCUCUGCGGCCACCCUCAGCUGCCUCGGGGAGUGCCUGAGCCUGCUCCAGCAGAGUCUGCACCACGCCGGCCAGCCCAGCCACAGGCCGGGGGCCUCGGAAAGCAUCCUGGGAUGGCACGGGCCCAAGUCACACUCCACGGAGCAGCUGAAAAAUGGGACACUUGGCUCCUUGCCAUCAGCCAGCGCCAGCAUCACCUGGGCCAUUUUACCCAACUCCACGGAGGAUGAGCAAAUCUUCCCGCCAGAGCCAGAGCCAGAGCCAGAGCCAAAUUCAGGCCCUGAAUUGGUUUUGUCCGAAGAUGAGAAAAGCGACACUGAAGAUCAGGAAGAGACAGAGCUGGGCGUCAUGGAGGACCAGCGCAGCGUGAUCCUUCACCUCAUUUCUCAGCUCAAACUUGGGAUGGAUCUGACCAAGGUGGUGCUCCCCACGUUCAUUCUGGAGAAGCGGUCCUUGCUGGAGAUGUACGCCGACUUCCUGGCGCACCCCGACCUGCUGCUGGCCGUCACCGCGGGGGCCACGCCCCAGGACCGGGUCAUCGGCUUCGUGGAGUAUUACCUCACCGCCUUCCACGAGGGCCGCAAGGGCGCCCUGGCCAAGAAGCCCUACAACCCCAUCAUUGGUGAGACGUUCCACUGCUCCUGGGAGGUUCCCAAGGACAAGGUCAAGGCCAGGAGGACUGCCCCCCCCGCCCCCGUGGGCCACGAGCACCCGAUGGCCGACGACUCUUCCAAGAACUACAAGCUGCGGUUUGUGGCCGAGCAGGUGUCUCACCACCCGCCCAUCUCCUGCUUCUACUGUGAGUGCAAGGAGAAGAGACUGUGUGUCAACACUCACGUGUGGACCAAAAGCAAGUUCAUGGGCAUGUCCGUGGGGGUCUCGAUGAUCGGGGAAGGUGUGCUGCGGCUCCUGGAACACGGGGAGGAGUAUGUGUUCACCCUGCCCAGCGCCUACGCCCGGUCCAUCCUCACCAUCCCGUGGGUGGAGCUCGGAGGCAAAGUCAGCAUCACCUGCGCCAAGACUGGCUACUCGGCCACCGUCACCUUCCACACGAAGCCUUUCUACGGGGGCAAGGUCCACAGGGUCACAGCAGAAGUGAAGCACAAUCCCACCAACACCAUCGUGUGCAAAGCCCACGGGGAGUGGAACGGGACCCUGGAGUUCACCUACAACAACGGGGAGACCAAGGUCAUCGACACGACCACACUGCCCGUGUACCCCAAGAAGAUCCGCCCCCUGGAGAAGCAGGGCCCCAUGGAGUCCAGGAACCUCUGGCGGGAGGUGACCCAGUGCCUGCGCCUAGGGGACAUGGAGGCGGCCACCGAGCAGAAGCGGCGGCUGGAGGAGAAGCAGCGGGCGGAGGAGCGGAAGCGGGAGAACCUCCACGCGCCCUGGCGGCCCAAGUACUUCAUCCAGGAGGGUGACGGCUGGGUGUACUUCAACCCCCUGUGGAAGGCACACUGAUGGUUGGAGAGGCAGAGCUUUCAGAAAUAGCCCUGAUUUUUUAGGAAUUAAAGUGGUACGGUAUGAAGGUUCUGCGGGUCUUCCCUGAGACCACCUGAGAACACUCAAGACGCGGUACCUGAGAGAGAGAUUCUGUUGUGAACGAUGCGCCCCCAGACUCUGCCGUGGGAUUGAGCUUAUUGAAGAGCCAUGUGGGCUUGCGUGUGCACAUGUGUCUGUGUGCAGAGCUCCCCGCACACCGUCUGUUCACACGCAUGCGCUCCGUCUGCUGGGUAUCACUACACACGGAAGCACCGCACUUACCAACAGCGAUGUGGGUGAUUAUGAGCUCCUUUUAAUCAAUGAGGUUUCAAGUUUUCUAGUUUUCACUUUUGCCAAAAAAUGUUUUGCACUCACAAAGUAUUCUCCAGUCGACAAGUCCUGUCCAGACGAAGGUGAACGGGUGUGGCCGGACUGCCAUCCGUCUGGUGGAAGGUGGCUGCCACUUCACAUGAUGGCUGUGAUUCCCACUGUGCCCCCAACUUCGUUGUUUGUUUGUCCAUGCUCAAGACAGAUCAUCUGCAUCUCCUGCGGGAUGGGGAGUUGGUAGGAAGCUGUUAAAGGUGUAGGCUGGAGCCUUCCCGGAUGGAGUGCCCCCUGGGAGAGCCCACAGCCAGGCCUGCCUUGGGAUGGUCCUCCCAUUUCCUUGCCCCAGAAGCUCUCUGAUGAUUUCUUAUGCUCAAAGCGCUAGUCAUAGUUUUCAGAAGCUGCUGCUUUCAUGGUAGAAAACAAGUCCUGUGGAGACUUCACUACUUUUAUCUUUGGAAAAAGGGCUUUAGAAGUGAGAUAUACGCAUGCACAUACAAACAUGCACUACCACAGCCUUGUAUUUCGUUUGGGGAAAGAGAAGAGAAUACCCAGUGAAUUGUUUGUUUGUUUGUUUUAAGCACAUCUCCCUCUCUUGUUUGACCCAAACUCUGCAAGGAAACCACUGUGAUUAAAACAUCCAUACAGCCUGCCUAAGUGUUCCAUGGUUUCAGUUCAGUUCCAGUCUUCAGCCUUUACAAAUGAGGUCAAGACAUGACCAGAAUAUAAAGCAAGGAGAAAAUGAAGUAUUUGAUCUUUGCUCAAUGCUUAAUUUAUUUUUUACUGUGCCACUCUGAGAAUAUUUAUACAAUCCAGUAGCAUGAAUGCUUCUCUGUAGUAAUACGAAUUCUGUGCCUUUCGUCUGCUUUCUUAAGACCAAUUGUUCACACUUUGUAGACAUUAGACAAAUAUAUUUCGAUUAAAUACUCUACUUAUCUGCGUGUCUG